AGACUAGUAGCAAAUUAGAAACCAAAAACAAAACUAGGGUUAUUAUUUUAUCAGAGAGAUUUGGGUGAAAAACAAAACGAAAACAAGUUCCAAGUCUUGAAGAGAAAAAAGAGUGAUCAUCUCAAAUGGCAGGAAAAUUAGCAUCUCAAAUACUUGGAGGAAAUGGGGUAGUCCGUAGAUCCAUUGCUACAUCUCUUCGUACUCGUGCUGGUAUGGGUCUUCCAGUCGGCAAACACAUCGUUCCUGACAAACCUCUUCCAGAGAACGAUGAGCUUGUUUGGGAUAAUGGAACUGCAUAUCCUGAACCUUGUAUAGAUCGAAUCGCUGAUACCGUCGGAAAGUACGAGGCAUUGGCGUGGUUGUGUGGAGGAUUAGGGUUUUUUGCAUCUCUUGGAUUGGCAGCUGUUUUGAAUGAUAAGGCUUCAACAAUUCCAUUCACACCAAAAGUCUACCCAUAUGAUAACUUGCGGGUGGAGCUGGGGGGAGAACCAUAAGCAUUUUAGCUUUGCUAAUUUUCUGCAAAGUGUUGUUCAACAUCAAGGUGUCUCGGCAUCUCUCUUUGUUCUUCUGUUUGUAUCUGUUUACUUGUUUCUUUCUCUGAAGUCGGCAGACAGAAUAAUUUCUGUUGGGAAGGUUAUUUUGAGCACCUUUUUUUUUGCUAAUAAAAGCAUUUGUAUGGGUUUGAACUUGUAUUAAAAGAGCUUAAAAGCUGGAAACAGUAGUUGGCUUGUCUCCGGACCUUGAGUUUGGUCAUGGCUCGUUUGACUAUCCGAUCUCAGAUUAUGAAAUAAGAACUAGGAGGAAGAAAGGCAAUGUUACAGGUUAAA